AAAGACUUAUACAUUACUUUUAAAAAAUGGGCAGAAAUGUAUUUUUCUAUACAUUAUACACUUUUCCCAAUUAAAAAUCUGUGGGAAAAGAAGUUGCCAAUGAACCAGCUCCCAAGUUCAGAGGCUGUUUAGAAAUGAGCAGUGACAAAGUUUCUGCCAAAAUUUAUGUAUACAAGUAGCGCGCACAUCUUUCUGUGCUCUUCUAUAUAAGGUAGUAACGUGAGUGAAUUAAUUGUGCUCCACAGCAAAGGCAUAAAGCUGGAUGAGAAUCUUGUUUCACUGCUAGAAAUUACAAGUUCCAAAACCUUUAGAUUGUAUCUUUUUUCCUCAAAAGGGGAAAACAGCCCAGGCUUAAUGCCAAAUAAAAUCAUCUUACACUAAAGUAAGAGUUUACUACCUUUCCCCCAAGUAUCGAAGGUAACACAUAAGAAUGUAACUUGAAUAAGGGUCAUGAACUGGUUGGACACAAUUAACCGAGUGGUUUUAUGAAUUACAAUGAAUGCAGCUAUGUUCUAGUAAUGACAGUGUCAAAGAGGAAAUGACCUCUCGGGCAGGCGUCCAGCUGCACAACACAUUCGGUUCACUGCUUCCAAGAGCCAGUGCUGGAGACAAUGGGAGGAGGAGGACGUCAGGAGAAGGAGUCCAACUGAACAGACACAAGGACGGCACGCUUAGGAAACUCACUCGCAGAUAAGAGCUUCUAGAAAAGACUAAAAAUGUGGAUAUCUUACUGGCAAACAUGGACAGAUGCAUGUGCAUCCCCAUCUUGGAGAACCUGAAUCUUUAAAAAGGAAUAUAAGUCAAUCUUGGCUUUGAAUGUCUGGCAUGGGUACAAUGCCUCGCAAAAGCAGAUGACUAGCUUAGCUACUGACCAUGCUGACCACUGUCUGGUACUGGACUGAAUCACAGAACAGCGAACGGCUUGCUCUUAUAAAAUGUCUGAACAAAGCCCAACUCCUGGGCACAUUUUACAGAAUAUAUGUGAUCACUUGAUCUUGUCUAACCAUUCUGGACUAAAGACAGAAUCAGUAGCAAAGGAAAUGAAGCUGGCUGCCGAGGAGCAGGGGAAUAAAGUGCAGUGGGCAGCUCUGCUGAUACUCCUGGUGAUAAUACCCACCAUCGGUGGGAACAUCCUUGUUAUUCUGGCUGUGUCACUGGAGAAAAGGCUGCAGCAUGCUACCAACUACUUUCUAAUGUCCUUGGCGGUGGCUGAUUUGCUGGUUGGAGUGUUUGUGAUGCCGAUUGCCCUCUUGACAAUCAUGUUUGAGGCUAUAUGGCCCCUCCCACUGGUCCUGUGUCCUGCUUGGUUAUUCCUUGAUGUUCUCUUUUCAACUGCCUCCAUCAUGCAUCUCUGUGCUAUUUCAGUGGAUCGAUACAUAGCCAUCAAAAAGCCAAUCCAGGCCAAUCAGUGCAAUUCCCGGGCUACUACAUUCAUCAAGAUUACAGUGGUAUGGUUAAUUUCAAUAGGCAUCGCCAUCCCAGUUCCUAUUAAAGGCAUAGAGAAUGAUGCGACUAACCCAGACAACAUCACCUGUGAGCUGAAGAAGGAACGUUUUGGCAAUUUCAUGCUCUUUGGCUCACUGGCUGCUUUCUUUGCACCUCUUGCGAUCAUGAUCGUCACCUACUUUCUCACUAUUCACGCCUUACGAAAGAAAGCUUACUUGGUCAAAAACAAGCCACCUCAACGCCUAACAUUGUGGACUGUGUCCACAGUAUUCCAAAGAGAAGAAUCAUCCUUUUCAUCGCCUGAAAAAGUUGCAAUGCUGGACAGUGCUCACAAGGAUAAAACUCUACCUAACUCAAGUGAUGAAACUCUUAUGCGAAGAAUGUCCUCAGUUGGAAAAAAAUCAGCCCAAACCAUUUCUAAUGAACAGAGAGCCUCAAAAGUCCUUGGAAUUGUAUUUUUCCUCUUUCUGCUUAUGUGGUGCCCCUUUUUUAUUACAAAUGUAACAUUAGCUUUGUGUAAUUCCUGCAACCAGACUACUCUUGAAAUGCUCCUGGAGGUAUUUGUGUGGAUAGGCUACAUUUCCUCAGGGGUGAAUCCUUUGAUCUACACCCUCUUCAAUAAGACAUUUCGGAAAGCAUUUUGCAGGUACAUCACCUGCAAUUACCAGGCCACAAAGUCAGUAAAAGCACUUAGAAAAUGUUCCAGUACAAUCUACUUUGGGAAUUCAAUGGUAGAAAACUCUAAAUUUUUCACAAAACAUGGAAUUCGAAAUGGGAUCAAUCCUGCCCUGUACCAGAGCCCAAUGAGGCUCCGAAGUUCAACCAUACAGUCUUCAUCAAUCAUUCUCCUAGAUACACUUCUCCUCACUGAAAAUGACGGUGACAAGACUGAAGAGCAAGUCAGCUAUAUGUAGCAGAACGGACAAUCAUCAGCUUAUUCGAGUUAAGGCGGAUGGGCAGGAUGCAAGUGCACCAAGACAAUGCACAGAAUAAAACAUCAUCUCCUGAAAGUGGGAGUUAAUACUAAGGUUGUCCAAUUUCCUUAUCUAAACAAAGUCAAAACGUGGACAGAGAGUUUUGUAUGGCUAUGAACAAAAACAAUCCCUACCCUGGUUUUCAAAUGAAAUAAAAUUAUAGAAGUCAGUAAAUUUCAGUCUUUAAAACAACGAUUACAGAGCUAGGGAGACGGUGCGGUGCUCCCCAGGCAAGACUGAGGACCUGAUCUGGGCCGCACCCACAUAACAGCUGGGCACAGCGCUGCCCGCUGCGGUCCUACUGCUGGCGAGGCAGACAGGAGGUUCCUGAACUUGCUGAACCAGGAGCUCCAGAUUCAGUGAGACUCCCCGCAAAAAACCCACAAAAAUCUGAUACAUAGUGGAUCCUCCACCCCCAAAACAUACAUGUAAAACCCUAAAACCAAAACAAACAACCACAACAAAAAACCUUCUGAUCAUAUUUGGAGGUAAAGUGAAGAGUGGCUGUAAUGGUGACAUAGUACACUCAGGAAACUAUCUUGACAGAAGAAAUGGAGAGGACAGUAGUUAGACGUCGGGCAAUGUAACAGACCUUAGAAGCAGACUGUUAACAGGCAUUUAAUCAGCAGAGGCAGGUCCACUGGAAGAGGAGGAUGAGAAAGCAAACGAAAUUGCCCUUAGGUACUUGAACCAGACUAUGUUCCUCAAAGGUUUGAAUCAACAUGCUGAAACAGGGACUAUGGAACUCCAAUCCAGAGACCUAAGUGUAAGGGAGUAAUCUCAUAAACUGAGGUCACACCUGCCCGUGCUCACCCAACAACGUGGCUGAACUUCUAGCACAAUUCUCCCUUACUGUUUGUUACCUCACCUUGCACUGUUUAGGCCAGAAAUGAGCACAACCUCCACUGGACAGCUGACUGAAUUCAGAAAUGAUAUUUAGUUUAACUGCACCUCAGUUUUUGCAUCUACAUUCUGUGCCAUUCUUAACAGGGAUCAGUGAAUGGUAGUCAGUUCCAUUGAUGGCUGGUGUAUUCAUUCAACGCUACUCACACAAAUGGUAAACAAAUUCAGGCUGGAGGAGGUGGCAAUGAUGAGCUCGUAUCUUAGCUUUGCCAUCUAAAGCUGAGCUGUACUUCCUCUAGUGUAAGAGCACCUAGAACAAUGGCACAGACCCCAACAUGUGCAUGCAUGGGCUCUGCACCAUCUGCUAGGCAAAGUAGACCUCAAAUUUUAAUUAAUUUAUCAUUAAAACAUUAGGCACUUUCCCCUAGUGGUCUUAAUACUUUAACAGCAUACAGAUGUGUUAGUUCAGUUAAAACAAAACAACAAAAUAAUUUAUACUUCUCCACCCCUAAAAAAUAAUAAAACAAACAAAAGCCAGACACAGACAAAAAUCAUUGUUUUGGUUUGAGGAUAUAAUCUGAUGAGUCUGCCAUAUGUUAAAAUUUAUAUUCUUGUCAUAGUAAACAGAUUAUUUCCCUCCCCUUCCUGAUGCUAUAGAUUAAACCCAGGGACUCAUGAAUGCUAAGACAAGUGUCUUACUGCCAAGCCACUCCCCCAACCCUAAGGCGGCUGCUGUCAGGCACUGUACUGAUAAUAGUCUAAGCGCUACACUGUAUGCACCUGGAAGCACACACAGUUGUUUCAGGAACUCUAAACACAUAGCUACCAGCAAUACUACCAAAGCGCUGCCCAACAUGCUCUAUACUGUUUGUAGACUUCCAUUACCACACACCUACAAAAAUAAUAACAAAAUCUAUAAACUAGCUUCCAAUAUUACUUUAAAUUAUUUGUGAAAAGGGACAACAUUUUCUCAAAAUUUUACCACUGGUAUUUAAUUGUAAUUUCUACUUUAUGAAUACUUUAAAGAAAUCUGUAAUUUGAUGGGGCUAGAGAGAUUACUCAGUGGUUAAGAGUACUGGCUGUUCUUCUAGGUUUGAUUCCCAGCACUCACAUGGUGGCUCACAACUGUAACUCCAGUUCCAAAGAAUCUGAUGGUGGUAUGAAAGUGAUACACAGAUAUACAUGCAGGCAAAACACCCACAUACAUUAAGGGGAAAAAAAAGGGGGUGUGAGUGUCUCUGUAUAUGUAGCCAAGGUUAGCCUUAAACUUAUGAUCUUUCUGAGGGUGCGAUUAUGGUGAUGUACUACCAUGAUGCCUGUCAAUUUUUUAAAACCUGUUUCAUUUGUUUGUUUGUUUUGUCUUCUGACACAGUGCUGGGGAUCAAACUCAGGGUCUUGCAGAUAGCAGAAAAUUGCUCUACCACUAAGCUACAACUCCAGUCCUAUUUUUAUCACUGAUCAUAAUCAUUAUAAACAAAUAAUGGUUUCCAAAUCUGGAGGAAGACUGAAAAUAGCACACCUGCACAGUCUAUCUUGUGAAUAAAGAGAAUAAUACAGAUGAGAAUUUUACACAAAGAUAAUUUCAUUUCUGUUGAGAAAGAACAAAUAAAUGCUUUUGAUAUUUAUGUCCAAUAAGCAUAACUAAAAAAUUUUCUAAAAAAUCAAGACUGAAUAAAUUCUUUAGUUGUAGUAUAAGCUAAAUGACUGCAGGGUCAUUUUAAGAGACCAGAGAUGAUGGUAACACCUGUAAUCCUAGCACUUGGGAGGCUGAGGCAGGAUGAUUGUGAGUUAGAAGGCAGCCUGGGCUACAUAGUCAUAGUGAAUAGAAGCCGACCUGGAGCAAGAACCUGGCUCAAAAACCAAACCCUGACUCUACCAGAGGAAGAGAGAAGGCUGAGCCGUUAAGAACAUUUGCUGCUUUUGCAGAGGAAGGACUUGGUCACUCCCAGCACCCCCACCAGUGGCUCACAACUGCCUUGAACCAGUUCCAGGAGAUCUGACACCCAUUUCUGGCCUCUGUUGACACUGUACACAUGUGAUGCACAUACAUAUAUGUAGGUAAAAUACUUGUACACAUAAAAAAAAAGACAUGAAGCACAUGCUUGAAGGUAAAUGAUGUCACAUGAGAAAACAUGUAAGAAUUUUAGACAACAGGACAGACACUCCUCAAAUAUUAACUGCAACAAGGAAUCUGAGAACAAUAUUUUGUUAGAGCCUCUUCAAACAAGACAGAGCUCUGACAAAAGCAUGGGGAGAGAAAGCUAGAUUUGUCCUGAGACCGUCUGGAAUCUAAGGCUCAUCAUUUAGCUCCACAACAAUGGGAACUUUGCCAACUAUUGUCAAAUUUAUAGCCUUAGCUUAAAAAUAUGUAUUUAAUAUGGGCCGAUAGGAUGGUUUAGUAGGUAAAGGCACUUCACUGCCAAGCCUGAUGA